GAUAAGAAUAUCCUUAAAAAGCUUGUCAAAUGGCUAAAAUUUCUCGAAUCGAAUCAAAAUAUUGCCACAAAACUGAAAACUAAGUGGGAAGCGAGCGCGGUGUCCGUAUAAAUAAAUCGAAUAAAAAUCAUCUGGAAAGAUAAUAAUUCAGCACGUGCCUUACGACGCUCGAGGCGAGAAGGGCUCCGUUAAUUCCGUCUGAUACCUAGAAGAUGGACACCUCGCCAACCCUGAGCUUCGGAGGCUCGCGUGCUAGAACGGCGCUUCUAGCGACAACCGGAACCGGAAGUGCCGACAGGCGGGUCGUAUUUUUGGCAAGUCAACCAAACACAGGUGGACAUGAUACGAGAACGUGGCCUCAUCAAUGGUCGCCGUACAUGACUGGGAACAACCACAAAUCGCCAGACAAUUCACCGCAUACAGAGCACAAAUUAAGAAUGCCGAGGGGGCAGGUGGAUUGGUCGAGCGAGUCUGUGACGUCGAAUAACAUCGUUCGCCAGACGGUUUCGAAUUCCGCAGUCGCAGGUCCGUCGGGUGGAACGAAUAUGAGGAAUACCGAGUCGACCACCAACUGUGGGGGGUUUAGAUUAGGGGUAUACGGAUGGAGAAAAAGAUGUUUAUACUCUUUGGUGUUGUCGUUGAUGGUGAUGGUGAUUCUGAACAUGGCACUGACGCUCUGGCUGUUAAAAGUCAUGGAGUUCAGUUCGGAGGGAAUCGGUUCCCUGAAGGUUGUUCCUGGCGGACUGGAACUCAAAGGACAAGCCACUAUUCUGGACGCGCUUGUUGCGUCUUCGGUCAGAUCGCCAAAGGGGAGAAACUUGAUUCUGGAAUCAUGGAGCAACUUCACAGCUUCGGCAAGGUCUCGCGAGGGACGUUUGCUGGCCAAGUUCACGUUAGGCGAGGAGUGGCUCGACUGUGUCUCUAAGGGUUUUCGCGUCACGGACCCUCAAGGAGUAGUCCUAUUUUCCGUGGACAGCGAGCAGGUCGUCGUCGGGGCUGAAACGCUCCGAGUAACAGGUGUGGGUGGCGCUGUGUUCCAAGGAAGCGUCCAGACUCCAUUGGUUCGAGCGGAAUCUGGUCACGAUUUGAGACUGGAGUCGUCAACGAGAUCGCUGAACAUAAACGCACCCCAGAGAAUAACGAUAGAAUCGCAGGCGGGGAACGUGACGGCUUCGUGUCUUUCUGACAUGAAGUUGGAAAGCGUUAAGGGAAUCGUGAAGAUGGACGCAGCCUCCAUUUUCCUGAAGGGUCUUCAAACUGCGAAACCAAAUUCAGGAGGUAUUUCGGAGGACCAACACUCGUCAAGUCGUCAAAAAGAACCGCCGGCUUAUCAGCUCUGCGCUUGUGAAACGGGUAAAUUGUUCCUCGCAAGACCCGAAGGUUCUUGUCGCGCCGACGACGCUGUAUGUCGAUAGUUUUUCGUUUGCUUUUUUUUUUUUUUUUUGUCACUUUUUACCCUCGAAGUAAACCAGAAAAAACCACAGACAUA